AUGGCCGCGAGGAGGGACUCCGUGUGGAAGUACUGCUGGGGAGUUUUGAUGGUUUUAUGCAGAACUGCGAUUUCCAGGUCGAUAGUUUUAGAGCCCAUCUACUGGAAUUCCUCCAACUCCAAAUUUCUACCUGGACAAGGACUGGUACUAUACCCACAGAUAGGAGACAAAUUGGAUAUUAUUUGCCCCAAAGUGGACUCUAAAACUGUUGGCCAGUAUGAAUAUUAUAAAGUUUAUAUGGUUGAUAAAGACCAAGCAGACCGAUGUACUAUUAAGAAAGAAAACACCCCUCUUCUCAACUGUGCCAGACCAGACCAAGAUGUAAAAUUCACUAUCAAGUUUCAAGAGUUCAGCCCUAACCUCUGGGGUUUAGAAUUUCAGAAGAACAGAGAUUAUUACAUUAUAUCUACAUCAAAUGGGUCUUUGGAGGGCCUGGAUAACCAGGAGGGAGGGGUGUGCCAGACAAGAGCCAUGAAGAUCCUCAUGAAAGUUGGACAAGAUGCAAGUUCCGCUGGGUCAGCCAGGCAUAAUGAUCCAACACGACGCCCAGAACUAGAAGCCGGUACAAAUGGAAGAAGUUCAACAACAAGUCCCUUUGUCAAACCAAAUCCAGGUUCCAGCACCGACGGCAGCAGUGCCGGACAUUCCGGGAACAAUAUCCUGGGUUCCGAAGUGGCCUUAUUCGCAGGGAUUGCUUCAGGAUGCAUCAUCUUCAUCGUCAUCAUCAUCACGCUGGUAGUGCUCCUGCUCAAGUACCGGCGGAGACACCGGAAGCACUCACCGCAGCACACGGCCACCCUGUCACUCAGCACGCUGGCCACGCCCAAGCGCGGUGGCAACAACAAUGGCUCCGAGCCCAGUGACAUUAUCAUCCCGCUGCGGACUGCGGACAGUGUGUUCUGUCCCCACUACGAGAAGGUCAGCGGGGACUACGGGCACCCAGUGUACAUAGUCCAGGAGAUGCCUCCCCAGAGCCCAGCCAACAUUUACUACAAGGUCUGA